CGCGCGGGGGAGGGGCGGCAUCAGCAAGGCGCUCGGGGAUCAGCUGGCGGGCGGGCGCCUGAGCGGCCCCGGCUCUGCGGCAGCGCCGCCUCCUCCGCGUCUCAGGCCGGCGGCCGUGGCCAUGUCGCGGGGCUGGUAGCUGGGCUCGGCGCUGAGCCGCCUCUAGUUUAAACUUAAACGAUCGCUCUCCGAGGAGGAGGGGACCCGUCGCGCGAUUGACAGUGUAUUCCUGCAGGCGCCGUCCCUCAGCCCCCACCCCACGGCCGGAUUCCCGUGGCUCUGCUCCGGGCUGAAACCCGAGAAGAAAUCUUUCGAUUUCUUUUCUUUACAACAAAUACUAACCGAGAAACCAUCGGCAUUUUGCCUUGGCGUUUCCUAUCGGAAAGAUGAAGAAGUUUUUCGACUCCAGGCGGGAGCAGGGCAGCUCUGGCCUGGGCUCAGGCUCCAGCGGAGGAGGGGGCAGCAGCUCAGGCCUGGGCAGUGGCUACAUCGGAAGGGUCUUUGGCAUCGGGCGGCAGCAGGUCACUGUGGACGAAGUGCUGGCGGAAGGUGGAUUUGCUCUUGUCUUUCUGGUGAGAACAAGCAAUGGGGUGAAAUGUGCCUUGAAACGUAUGUUUGUCAACAAUGAACAUGACCUCCAGGUGUGCAAGAGGGAAAUUCAGAUCAUGAGGGACCUCUCAGGGCACAAGAACAUUGUGGGCUACAUUGAUUCUAGUAUCAACAAUGUAAGCAGUGGCGACGUAUGGGAAGUUCUCAUUCUCAUGGACUUCUGCAGAGGAGGACAGGUGGUAAACCUGAUGAACCAGCGUCUACAAACAGGCUUUACAGAGAAUGAAGUCCUGCAGGUAUUUUGUGACACCUGUGAGGCUGUCGCCCGCCUACAUCAGCGCAAAACUCCUAUUAUCCACCGGGACCUGAAGGUUGAAAAUAUCCUCUUGCAUGACCGAGGCCACUAUGUCUUGUGUGACUUUGGAAGUGCCACCAACAAAUUCCAGAACCCACAGGCCGAGGGAGUCAAUGCUGUAGAAGAUGAAAUUAAGAAAUAUACAACGCUCUCCUACCGAGCCCCAGAAAUGGUCAACUUGUACAGUGGCAAAAUCAUCACUACGAAGGCAGACAUUUGGGCUCUUGGCUGUUUGUUGUAUAAAUUAUGCUACUUCACUUUGCCAUUUGGGGAGAGCCAGGUGGCAAUUUGUGAUGGAAGCUUCACAAUUCCCGAUAACUCUCGAUAUUCUCAAGACAUGCACUGCCUUAUUAGGUAUAUGUUGGAACCAGACCCUGACAAAAGGCCGGAUAUUUACCAGGUUUCCUACUUCUCAUUUAAACUGCUCAAGAAAGAAUGCCCAGUUCCAAAUGUACAGAACUCUCCCAUUCCUGCAAAACUUCCUGAACCAGUGAAAGCCAGUGAGGCAGCUGUAAAAAAGACCCAGCCAAAGGCCAGACUGACAGAUCCCAUUCCCACCACAGAGACUUCAAUUGCACCCCGCCAGAGGCCUAAGGCUGGGCAGACUCAGCCAAACCCAGGAAUCCUUCCCAUUCAGCCAGCCCUGACUCCUCGUAAAAGGGCCACUGUUCAGCCCCUACCUCAGGCUACAGGACCCAGCAGUCAACCUGGCCUUCUAGCCAGUGUUCCCCAACCUAAAGCCCAACCCACACCUAGUCAACCUCUUCAACAAUCUCAGCCCAAGCAGUCACAGGCUCCAUCCACCCCACAGCAGACAUCUUCUACCCAGACCCAAGGUCUGCCCACCCAGGCCCAGGCCACUCCCCAGCACCAGCAGCAGCUCCUCCUCAAGCAGCAGCAACAACAGCAUCAGCAGCCACAGCAGCAGGCAGCACCACAGCAGCCAACAGGCACCUUUUACCACCAGCAGCAGCAGCAGCAGCAGCAGCAGCAGGCUCAGACGCAGCAGUUUCAGGCAGGACAUCCAACAGCCCAGCAACCAGUCACUGCUCAGUUCCCUGUGGUGUCCCAGGGAGGCUCUCAGCAGCAGCUGAUACAGAACUUCUACCAGCAGCAGCAGCAGCAGCAACAGCAGCAACUGAUGACACAGCAGGCUGCCCUGCAGCAGAAGACUGCUGUGGUAGUACCACAGCCUCAGGCACAGCCAACCACAGCCCCACAGCCAGCUGCUGCUCAGGAGCCUGCGAUUCAAGCUCCACCAAGACAACAGCCAAAGGUUCAGACAACUCCACCUCCAACUAUCCAGGGUCAGAAAGUUGGAUCUCUCACUCCUCCAUCAUCCCCUAAAACCCAGCGUGCUGGGCACAGGCGGAUCCUCAGUGAUGUAACCCACAGUGCAGUCUUUGGGGUUCCUGCCAGCAAAUCAACCCAGCUGCUCCAGGCAGCUGCAGCUGAGGCCAGUCUCAAUAAAUCUAAGUCUGCAACUACCACUCCCUCGGGCUCUCCACGGACCUCGCAACAGAAUGUCUCCAAUGCUUCUGAAGGUUCAACAUGGAAUCCUUUUGAUGAUGACAACUUCUCCAAACUCACAGCUGAAGAACUGCUUAACAAGGACUUUGCCAAGCUUGGGGAAGGAAAACUUCCUGAGAAGCUUGGUGGCUCAGCAGAGAGUUUGAUCCCAGGUUUCCAGUCAACACAAGGAGAUGCUUUUGCCACUUCCUCAUUUUCUGCUGGAACUGCUGAAAAAAGGAAGGGUGGGCAGGCUGUGGACUCUGGCAUCCCACUUCUAAGUGUGUCUGAUCCUUUCAUUCCUCUUCAAGUACCUGAUGCUCCAGGUCUCCAGAGAGAACCCAGUCCUUGUCCUGUAGUUACUGUAGAGCACUUUAAAGAACCUGUGGGUGCCAAAGGCCUCGCCCUCCAUCCAGAGCCCUGCAGAAUUUCUGGAACAAAGACUCAGAGCACCUUAGAGUCUGACCCCCUGGCCCGAGAGGACCCUUCCAGCCAUAGCUCCUUCCACAGCAGCGAGGAGGAGGGCACUGACCUGGAGGGGGACGUGUUGGACUGCAGCGGGUCUCGGCCUCUCCUUCUGGAGUCUGAAGAGGAGGAUGAGAGCUGCAGACCUCCUCAGGGGAAGCUGGGAGAAGCCACCCUGUUCACUGAGCCCGGAGUGUCUGCUGAGCCAGAAAAGGGGGGACAAGGCGGGAAAAAGAGCCAAUUCUUGCCAGCCAACCAGCAGGCCUCAGAUGGUCUCGGAGAGCCCGAUGCCUUUGCCACAGCCCCCUUCAGGAGCUCGCUGGUUCCGGCCGAUGACGUGGACAUUUUCUCCAAAGCCCCUUUUGUCUCCAAGGGCAGUAUAGCUCCUUCCCAGACAGAGGAGGUGGAUGUGUUCUCCAGAGCUCCUUUUACCAAGAAGAGGAGCGUGGAGGAGUUACUGGCUGUGCAGGGCUCCUCACAGGAUUUGCUGGUGCAGGCCAGCCUUAGUCAGCCCAGUGAAGGGCUCCUGCUUCCAGGCCGUGAUAGAGCCAUGUACCCCCCUGCCCAGGUGCAGUAUCCUGUGACUGGCUUUGCACAGCAGGCCGGUCUCCCCUCCCACUCUGUCCAGGUGGCAGACCAUUUUGACAGCAGCUCUCCCCGGGGAUCUCCCCUGGAAUCUGGGGGUCAUCCUACUGACAGAAACAGAGGACUGCAGUCCCAGAAAGAAGCCUUCUCCGGGCCUAUGGCUGGUAAGCCAUUCCGCCCCCAGGCUUUAUCCAAAUAUUCCCGACACUAUAGCCCAGAAGAUGAGCCAAGUCCAGAAGCUCAGCCCAUCGCUGCCUACAAGAUUGUUUCACAGAGCAAUAAGCAGUUGCUAACUGGCUCUGUGUCUGUCACAUCUCUGUCCUCCAGGACUACAGAGCUGCCUGCCGCCGACCCUUUCUCUUUAGCGCCCUUUCCGUCAAAAGCAGGCAAACAGAAACCGUAGGCACGAGACCAGCCUGUGGCCUUCCUCCACCUACCCCACCAACAUCUAUCACACCACUCCUGGCUGGCCUUUCAGGGAGUAGCCACUGUGACCUUGCAGUCCCUGCCUCAGAGCUCCUGCUUUUGUUUAUGCUCAUUUCUGGACUUGUUGGCAUUGCUGUUCCUUCAUAUAGGCAUUCCACCUGCACUCUGAACUCUGAUUCUUUUCUGCCCAGACACCUUUUUAAUCCAGGAAUAUUUUACCCCGUUAACGGGGGCUGUAUUACACCACAGCUUUGAAGGCCAGCAGCUCCUGUGGGGAGGUGCCUGUAUCAAAGAGUAAAGAUGAAUCCCAGCACUCAACGAUGCUCUUGGAACAGAGAUUUCUAGGAAGAAGACCAGCAAUAUAAACCACCACACAUCUGAAAAAGUCCGUCCUUCAGCUCCUCAUUAUCCACUCCUGCAGCGCCGCAGCUCUCGGGAUUCUGGGAUCUGUCACUGAGUCUAUACGAGCCAAGCUGGCCUGUGUGCACGAUGUGGCUCAGAUUCUCUGUCAUGCAGAAGAGCACACAGGUGGGAAAAGCUCACUCUGCCUUCCCACAGUUCACUUUUUAGACUUUUUAGAGUGAAACCGCCAUGCCUACCUCCAUUAUCCAAUCAUUUCCUUGUAUUUGCCUGUUGACCUGACUUGAACCUUGGCUUUAUUUGCAUUUUUUUUUCUCAUGGUAAAAUUGAAGUUGUUGGACCAUAUGGGGCAAUUCUGUUGAAAAUGAGGUUUCAGAAUGAAUUUUUAAAAUUCCAUUUACCUGGUUUUGAAAAAUCAAAUAUCUAAAACUGGACAUGGUAUCUCAUGCUUGUAAUCCUAGUUCUUAGAAAACUGAGACAGGAGAAUUACCACAAGUUAGAGGCUAACCUGGUCUUAAAACUAAAUUCCAGGCCACCAUAUCUCAACACCCUCUCCUCCCACCCAAAAAAGUCACUGGUCCUUCUGUUUUUCCCUGGCAUCAGAGGAAGAGCAUCUUUAGUGUUGCAGUCACUGGGAAUCCUUCCUGGGUACCUUUGUUAUGAAAUUCAUUAAUCAGGACCCUAAGCCACAAACUGUAUUGCCUGUUUCCUCCCCCAAACUCUCCCCAUACACCUCUGUUGCCUCUAGAAGUUGAAAAUGAGGAAGUGCUGGUCAGCUGUCCUUGCAGGUGUUUAAAUUAGCUGUUCCGUUCAGAUGUUAAAGUAGAACAGGUGACUGGCUGUGUCUUCAGAAGCGCGUUUUUAUUUCUGGAAAGCUCCUACUCAUCCCUGUGUUUUCAUACCAUUCAUUUAGUGCCUUAAAAGAAAGCCCGUGACUGUGCAGGAGGUUUCUGCUGAGGAAGCCGAGUUUCUUGGAGACAGCCUGCACCAUACUCAGGGUGUGUGCUUACAGCUUCUGGCAUAGUUCCUCCACUUGUUCGGGGGACUCUGUAGAGUUCAUCAAGCUAGAUUAGUGAUAGAAAAAUUGCUAGGAGCUGGGCAUGGGAGCAUACUCCUGUAAGCAGGAAAGGGGUUCAAGGCCAGCCUAGACUACCUGAGACUGUCCCCCAAAAUAAAAGAAUUACUGAAAAUUUACCCAGUAAUGAAGCCUAAAUGCCAGGCUGCACUUGGAAUCAUUUAGUUGUGAUGUCCUUUAAAUUUGAAAGUCAGGGUCUGGUUGUACAACUUGGUGGAAGAAUACAUGCUUUGUAUGCAUCAUACCCUGGGUUCUGUCCUCAGUACACUUAGAAAUAACCCAGAAAUAAUAGAAUAAAGCCCAGGACUCUUGGCAGUUAACAUAAAAAUGGUUACUUUUUGCCUGGUGUGGUGGCAGGCACCUUAACCUCAGAACUUGUGAGGCAGAGACAGGUGGAAAUCUGUGAAUUUAAAGUCAGCCUUGUCUACAUAGCAAGAUUCAGGCCAGCCAGUGAGCGAAAGCUUGUCUUAAGAGGGUGAAAGGGAGCUUUUGUUAGUGCUUCUCUUUUUGGUAUUCUCCACCUGUUUAAAUAACAGGCAGUGUGUCAGGGUCCCCGCCCCCACCAGAAACCUGCCUUACACUUCAGUAAAGCCUAACUUUACUGAAUUUGCUUUCUCAGUUAAUAUUUUUGAAUGUUUUGAAUACUAGUGGAUACAAACUGGUCUAUCUGUUAAAUGAGUAGUUUGGAAAUAUACACGGAAUUUUGCGACCAAUCUUCCCACACUUGUUUUCAGGAGAAGUCCUCAAAGGCAUGUGUAAAUGGGAUGGGACUGUUUAGACAGGGUUCUCACUUGAUGUCACAAGCUCUUUCCAGGUUGCAGCAUAGACCUGUAGACCCAGCUGCUUAGAAGGCUGAGACAGGACAGCCUGAGCCUAGCAGCUCAAGGCCAGCUUUGGCAACAUACAAGGACCCAUCUCAUGAAUAGAAAUUUCAGAAUGCAAGGUCAGCAUCAGCUUCGUAACCGUGCUGCAGACUGUCCUAACUUUGAUUACUGUAUCACUCCAUCUAAUCCUACAGUCAUUUUAAUUCACAAGGUCCAAAUUAGAAUAAAAUCAUGCACUCCUUAUUUUAUAUAGUUGAAUUGUUUGUGAAGUGUGGGCUUGAGGCCUUUUUCAUCUACCGAGUAGGAAGUCUACCUGUCGUCUUUUCCUCAGGAGUGAGUGUGACCACGUGCAGCUUGUCUUCUCCUCUGUGGCACUUUGCGAAGGAAAUCUGACAAGAGACUAGCCAACUCGUGAGUUCUGAAGGAAAAGUCUGGAUUACAGGAUCAGUGUGCAAUUGAAUGAUCAGGUGUCCUGGUGGGAUGCCAUCCUGAGUGGAAAUCUGGAAAGUUUGUUUCACGGGGAAUUAGGAGUGCGUAAAGUCUGUGAAUCAGUUGUAAAUUGCCAGUGGGCAUACCCUAACAGUUUAAUAAUAAGGAAGAGGAACAGUGUCAGUGAAGUACUGUACUUUGUCUUAAUUUCCGCUGUGUGGUAGUCGCUUUGUAUAUUUCAUAGGAAACACAGAAAAUUGUGAACUUUUGACUCAGUAGAAAGAGAUGAGUCAGAAUAUCUUUAGAUCAUGCACUAAUGAACUCCUGAAUGAUGUGGUCAACCGAGGACAUAGCUCAGAGGUGGAGCCUGGCACAGUGAGCCUCUGGGUUCUUCCCUGUCAGCUGACUAAUGAACACUGUUAACUGAGCUAGCUUAUGUGUCCUGGAAAAUGUCUCACUAAUUUCUUAGGUUUACAAUACAGCUCUUUAGCGCCAAAUCCAUGGUUUAGCGCCAAAAAAAAUAAAUAAAUAAGAAGUGAACAUCUGUAGCAGGCACACCUACGAUCCCAAUACUUGGGAGACCGGGGCAAAACAAUUGUGAGUUCAAAUCAAGACCAGCCUGAGCAGCUCAGCAGGACCUUAAUACUGAAAUUUAAAGAGGGCUGGUUUUGUAUUUAAGUGGUAGAAUGUUUACCUAGCAUGUGCAACCGCUGGAUUUACUCCAGUACCAGGAGACAAGAGAGAGCACACAAAUUGUUCAUCAUGUGAUGGUGAACAAUCUAGCCAUGGAAGUGAGGAAAGUUGGUUCUGAAAGCAAAUUUUAGUUCAUACAGGUUGUUUUGUCUUGGCUCACUGGUAGGGUUGAAGACCUGUGUACUGGUGCAGGCCCCAGUGUGUGUGUUGUGUGUCUGUGUGCACACAGGUGUGCUAACCGAACCGUCUUCUACUCACUAACUCAUGUUGUAUCUCAAUUUCAUCUGGUAACAGAUCUUCUAAACAUUCAACAGAAUGCUGUCUUUGUGGCCUGUUGUAUAUUUAGUAAGUGUUGGACCAUGUGCUUGUCAGUGUUUUCAGCCACUCUUCACUGGUGCAUAAAAUAUUAGAGUGAUCUGAUGAUAAGAAAUUCUGUAUUUUUAUUCUGUAAAUGAAAAUAACCAAAACAUGUAUCAGAUUGUGUGAUAUGUACACAUUACUUCAAAUAGGAAACUUAAGAGGAGGAAAUGCAGUGCUCUCUCCAACAGGAACGGGCAACUUCCAGUGGAGUCCAUUUGGGUCCCUCAACUGUAAAGAGAUGUUGCUCCCUGCUGUGUCCUUUGCAUUCAACCUUUAGAACACAUAGCAGUCAACUCCCAAACAGCUGCUGGUUACAGCAUUUUUUUAAUCAGAAUCAAACGUUUUGAUGACAGGUAGUUUGCAGGAGUCCAGCGGAAGAAGGCGGGAGCAUCUCGACACUUUCCAUGGCCACCCUGUUUGCGAGCCUUCCAGUACUUCACUAAAAGAUUAAACACUGGGGGGUUGUAAGUGAAAUCAUGUCAUUUGAGUGAUAACCUUUGUCAGUCAAUAUUUGUUUUGCUCUAACCACAAGAACACUUGAAAACCUAAUAAAAUAUCACUAAAGAAAAGGUUCCAAAAUGCUUAAGAAUAAAAAGUAGUGUCUAGUUGUAAAUUGUUUCCGUUCUGUUCCCAGAGGUCUUUGUGCUCCCCACUCCCCAUUUCUACUCUCCCUUAAUCUCCUCCCUCAGCUUUCUCCUAUUUGACCCAACUAAUGAGUGGCUGGUGAACUGUCACACUAGCUUGCGGUGGCUACUCUAAAAUCUCAUUUUAGGAUUCAGACCAGCCUUGACAAUCUAACAGUGAAAUGGUUCACCUUCCCCUAGAAUCAAGGACAGAGGAAGGUUGGCAGGACCCAGUUUUCCUCUUUGGAGAUGUAGCCCAGAGGGUGCUCUGCCCCCUGAUCCUACAUAGCUCUAGAAUGAGUACAUAUGUGAGCGGACUCUAGAAGAGCAAAAAUAGCUAAGUGUUGGUCAUGGGGGCACAUGCCUGUAAUGAGGCAAGAGGUUCACUGUGAGUUCGAGGCCUGCUUGGGCUACAUAGCAAGACCUUGUCUCAAAACACAAAGGCUAAAUAUGAACUACAUGUGGCUUGUUACCUACAAGGUUUCUGUAACUUGUAAUUCCAUUAGUUUUGUCAGUAUAGUUCAGCAGCCUCAACCUCUGGCUUAGGCAAGUGUUACACAGCUCUGAGUUGAUGGUAAACAUUACUUGUGCUGCCUUGUGGUGGAACCAUGUAUAUAUACACAAAGGGGAUCAGAUUCCCUUUGGCAAGGAAUUUCAGAAUGGUUUUUUCAGCGUCAGUCAAAAAUAGGUCAUGGUUGGCUGAUACCACAUGCUUAAACUGCAAGGACCCAUGUCCAGUCUCCAGCACUUUGACUCUGAGGUAAUGGGAGACAGUAGAAUAUUUUCCUUUGGAAAUGGUGUGCCUGCUGUGUUCUGCAAAUCUACCAAAGAUUCUUGUGUGAAGGGUUUCUCAGUGUCUGUGUGCCCAGACCUGCAUCCUCCUGCUUCCUUCGCGGGGUUAACUCCAGCCCUUCAGUUAAUUAUCUGAAGAGGACUGGGGAGGGACCACAGGCAGCUGGCACCACAACUCAGUUCCCUCCCCCUCCGCCAAACCUCCAAAUUUAGCAUUGGAGUUGUUUACAUCUGUGGUGAGGGAGUUGACUAGCCAUUGCUUGAGCAUUCUUCCCAAGGAAGCGCCUUCUUGUGGGUGGCACUGGGAGGACAGUGGUGACCUGCACCACAGGGCCUGAAGAUGUUAUUUUGAAUGGAACAUUUGAUGUCAUUUUUAGGGAACAGAAACCAAAUAACAGAGGCCAAGGACCAUGCAUAUUUCGAGGAGGGAAGGUGAGCACCCUCUGCUGGCAGUAUUUGGAGUUGCUUGAGUGAGGAUAUGUAAGCAGCCUGGAAGGAGUGCUGAGGUCAGCAGGUCUCGGGCAUCCUCACCUUGCAAACAAUCUUGGGGAAACCAGAAGGUCAUUCCCAGCAGUUUUUGUAAUGCCUGUCAUUGCAGGCUGUUGGAUUUAUGUUGUUCUCUCUGGGUGUGAUCUAUCAUGUAUCUGAUAGUCUUUAUGGAUAAUUGUUUGGGUUGUAAAUUCCUAUACUCUUUAUUAAAAUGAGCUUA